GGACUGUUUGAGAAUGUCUUACCAUCCCAAACAGGCAGCAGUGUGAAGCCGCGGAAACCUUUCUCCGGGCUCUUCCGCCGCUUCGCAUGCCAAGCUUCAGAACAACUGAAGCACAUUGGACUGACUGGUGGCGUAAAGGUGACGGAGGACUAGGGGAGAGGGAAAGUCGCGGCGGGCCAGCAAGGGGGCGGGCGCCAUGCGGGACAUUUGAAACCAUUUCCUUGCCAGCGCGCCUCUAGUGAGCAACUUUGUUUAUGGACAUGACUUGUGCUUCAAUUAUAUUUCAUAGCUGGUCCUCUAACCCCGGCUUUGGGAGGCCAUGCACCAAGACGACGCUGGCUGUUGGAAAUCAUCUGAAACAUUUUCAAGCUAGUUCAAGACCUAGAUGCAAAUGUAGAUCAUCGGGCUGGACUGAUCCGCAAACGCGCAAGGCAGCAGCGGCAAUGUCAAAACUUUUCUACAAGGACCUCAUCGACCCACAUGGCGGCGGUGCAAAGGGCGCCGCCGCGCCGCCGCCGCCGCCGCUGCCCGCCACCAGCCGCCGUAGCGCGGAGCCGCACAGCGCCGCUCUGCUGGACCUGCCGCUGUGGCGCGCCGACAGCACCGUGCUGGUGGGGCAGCAGUCGCUGCUGCACAUCCACACGCCCCUCUACGUGCACAUGUUUGACGCGCUGUUCGCCCAGUCGCCCUGUGGCCCCUGGUACUUUGGACACGUGCGGCUGCCGGGCGGCUCACGGAACCUGGGCGCCGCCGAGUGGGAGCUGUGUAGGCAGGGCUCGUGUGCGCCGCAUGUGGGCGUUCUGAUGGAGGUGAAUCGUGCGGUGCGGCUCGAGGACGGCAAGCUGAUGGUCAUAGCCACGGGCGUUGCCAGGAUACGGGUUGUGCGCGCGCUGCAGUCCACGCCCUACUCCCGCGCCGAGGCGGUGGUGCUGCACGAGGAGGAGCUGCUGGAGGCGCAGCACGGCCUCGCGCUGGCGGCGGCGCUGGACGCAGCCGCGGCACCGCCGGCCGACUCUAGCGCGAGCUCGGCCGCGGGCCCCAGCUCCGCGCCUGGUGCGGCUGCGGGUGGGGGUGCGGGCGUGGGUGUGGGCAUGGGUGUGGAGGCUGUGCUUGCGGCGGCGCGCACGGCGGCCGAGGCGGCGGCGACGGCUGCCAGCUGGCCGUGGCUGACGUACGAGCUGGCCACGGUGCGGGCAGCGGGGUGGCCGGGCGGGCCCAUGGAGGGCACGGAGGGGCCGGCGGACACACGCCGCCUGGUGACAGAGCUGGUGGACCAUGGCGUGCUCAAUGUGGUGCCCUUCCCGGACGGACCCGUCGUCGGGCGGUGGGACCUGGCAGCACUGGCGCACACAGCCAACACAGCCGCCGAGGCUGCGGCCGCAGCGGAAGCCGCCGCAGUGCUGUUCCCCGCCGCGCCGCCUGCCGCGCCGUCAGCUCCUGCAGCGCCACCAGCACAGCCGGUGCAGUCGCCGCCGCCGCCACCACCACAGGCGCUUGGCACGUUUGGCUCGGCCGGCUCUGUGGCAGCCGCCCUUGCGAGCCUGGGUAGCGACUCCGACCUUGGCUCCGCCGCCACAUCCUUCGACUCAGUUGACCUAGACGACCCGCCUGAACCCUCCUCGCCAGCCCCGUCCCCAUCCACGUCCACCUCCCAACCACAGCCUCAGGAGCCGCACCAGCAGCAGCAGCAGCAGGAGCUGGUGCCGCCGGCGCCCUCACCGCCGGCGGACCUGGUGGAGGGCUUGACGGGCAACACCCGGCACGACCUGCUGCUGCUGGAGUCGCGGCUGUGGGCGGAGCUGGACGCGCUGGCGGUGCUCACCGCGCGCGUACACCAGCGGCGCCUGGGCCUGCCGCUGGGGCUGUUGCAGCUGCGCCCCAGUGACGAGCUGGUGGAGGAACAGAUGCGGGCCGCCGCGGCGCCGGCGGCAGUCGGCGGCGACGGCGCGGCGACGGCUGCUGCUUCCGCAGCAGGAGGAGAUGGUGAAGCGGCGGCAGUACUAGCAGGGGCAGCAGCAGGGGGCCAUCGGCCGGCGCGGAUGGAGGUGCCGGGCGUGGGCGUGGUGAAUGGCGUGAAGCAGGCGGAGGGCACGGCGCAGCCGCUGCAGCAUGAGGCCAGCGAGGGGUUGGACGUGUACGCCCCAGCCGCGUAUCCACUGGAGCGGCGCGCGCUGCGGUUGUCGUAUGCGGCGGCCGGCAUCUUUGUGGAGGGCUCGGACUGGGACACGCGGCAGGAGCUGCUGGAGGCCGGCUCCAUCCGGCAGCGGCUGAUCGCGGUGCUGUGCCAGGCGCGGGAGGCGCGCAAGGUGCUGUCGGCCAUGGCCGUGCUGCGCAACCUUUAGAGGCUGUGAGCUGUGUAUGCCUGUCAGGUGCAAAUGGGCUGCAAUCGAGCUGUCGAGUAGUACACGGUGCGCGGUCCUGGGGAAGGCGUGAGGCCUGAGAAUGUGAGGCAGGCCGAGGCGUGCCUCGCCACCACCAGGCUGCGGAUGACUUGGCACGCAACUACCGUAGUGGCUGUCUGGCUGGUGUGCCGUGGGUGGGAUAAAUGCCAAAGUCAGGCAAAGGGAUGCUGGUGCUGCCGCUGAAUAUCACCGC